ACUUCCUUCUCUUCUUGAUGCGAGGAAGCAUUUGAAAACUGAAAUCAACAGUGAUAUACGCCACUGCUUUUGAGUAGCUCAGCUGGACUGUGAUUCCACCAUGCUAAUCCUCUGUAAACUGGUAAUACUGAUACUUGCACUGACUCUGGACGGUCAUGUUAAUGCUGUGGAAGUCAUUGGAGGUCACAAGGCUGUACCACACAGCAGGCCAUACAUGGUGAUUUUGGAGCGAAAAAUGAGCGAUGGCAAAACAAAGUACUGUGACGGCUUCCUUUUGAAUGAAGAUUUUGUGAUGACUGCAGCCCACUGCCAAGCCAGUAACUACACAGUCCUCCUGGGUGUUCACAAUUUCCAUAAACAGAAUGGGGUACAGAGAGUGUUUGUGAAAGACGCCUUUCCACAUGAAGACAACAGUGCAACAGAGUAUUCAAAUGACAUAAUGCUUCUUAAGUUGAGCUCCAAGGCAAAGUUCAGCCCAAAUGUGAAACCCAUUUCUCUUGCUGUCCAAAGUGAUGAUUUUCUGCCACAAUCAUGCAUCGUCUCCGGCUGGGGAUCAACAGCUGACAACAAUGGAUAUGAAUCGCCUGUGCUCAUGGAGGUCAAUGUGACACUUGUUGACUUUGAACCUUAUGCUGAGAAACACCUGUACUGCUCCGUGGGAGAGAAGGGACCAGGCUGUGGAGACUCUGGUGGUCCGUUGGUCUGUGAAGAUGGAAUAGCAUAUGGGGUGGUGUCCUUCAGCACCAAAAUAAGCCCAUAUGACCAGAAAAUCUAUGGCUAUACUAAGAUUCCUGACUACAUAAACUGGAUCAAGCAGACCAUUAAAAUUCAUGAUUAAGAUGUAAUACAUGAAGCCUGUCGCUGAUCAGUUCAAAUCAUUUGACUUCAUCUAAUUUCAAGUUCAUACCUGAGAUGCUAAUAUCACGGCCAGUUCUGUAGUGAUGACACUGUCAGAUUAAACUCUGGACUUUGCUUUGAGGAAAAUAAUGCUUUUUAUGUUACUAAAUGAUACAAUAGUUUUGAGUCAAAGGACAGUGACACAUAAUUUGCUUGUUUAUGUUGUGGCUUUUUUUUUUAUAUAUUAGCUCUGCUGCUAAAUCCAACGUUGUAUUACUUGAAACACGUUGUUGCUUUGUGCAUCAUCUAUUGGAGUUAAUCAAAUGAGAACAUACAAUCUUCUAAGUUUGUUUGUUGUACUGUUUGUUCUUUCUCUGAUGAGCCUGAAUUAAAUCAACAGAAAAGACAA